CGCUCUAUUAUAUAUUUUGUGGAAGACGCCGUCUACGGGUGUUUGGGGUCGGGAGAUAAGAGGAUAAAUAAAUCGUCAAGAAUUAAAAUGGCUGAUAGAAGAUCAUCAAUGGGUUCAAGUUCUGAUGAACCACCAAAUUCCAGACUUUUCAUAAUAGGUCCGAAGACACUAACUGAAGAGGAUUUUAGGAAAGCAUUUGAGGAAUUUGGAACCAUUGAAGAAAUAUGGGUAGUCAAAGAUCGUAACACUGGUGAAAACAAAGGUGUUACUUAUAUUAAAUAUGCGAAAACCUCGGCAGCGGCAAAAGCUCUAGAAACAAUGAAUGGAAAAGUUAUUGGUGGUGGAGGACGAAGCAUUAAGGUUAUGAUUGCAGCUAGUCGCGAUCAAGGCUCGAAAAGGGACUCCAAUGAAGAUGAGAAAAUGCAAAGGUUGUUUGUGAUGGUACCUAAAAGUAUGACCGACAGUGAAUUAUAUGAUUACUUCAAACAGUGGGGUGAUAUUGAUUAUGCGAGUAUACUUAAAGAUAAAAAUACAAGGGAAAACAAGGGAUUUGCAUAUGUGAAAUAUAUUAAGUUUUCCCAUGCAGCUGCUGCAUUUGAACAGUGCGAUCGAAAAUAUAAACCCGUGUUUGCGGAACCAAGAAAAGCUAAUACUUCCCGCAAUGAUGAGAGAAAUUAUUCAUCUUCGUCAUCUUAUGAUUCCUUCAAUAAGAACGGCCCACCACCGCCACCACCUGAUCAUUAUUCUAAUGAUGGUUAUAAUAAGUUAAUGGUGAUAGCAUCCCCUUCUGUUAAUCAGGAUCAACUGUGGAAACUGUUCGAUAUUAUACCAGGUAUGGAUUAUUGCCAACUUCGAUAUGAAGGUGAUCGCCUUCGUCCCACAAGAGCAAUCGCUGAGGUGGUAUAUGCUAACCCUCAGUGGGCAUCGCAUGCUAAAGAAAAACUACAUGGUUUUGAGUACCCUCCCGGUUAUCGUUUGAUCGUUAGACCAGAAUACGACAACUUAAGGUCAUCAUUCGGAGCUAAGCCGUCUACAGAUAAACAAAAACCAGACAUCUUACAGAUCGCCGAAACUAUCGCGCAAGCCUCCUCUCUCAUACAGGCUGCAGGCUUGUCACCUGAUCUGUUACAGCAAAAAUUGGGUUUUUCGGAUUUGUUACAACAAAAAUUGGGGUUGGCGUCUACGGGAAAAGAUAGUAGUAGUUACUGUAGCGUUAAGUUACCUGAUCCACAGCCAUUCGCUAAUAUCGAUGAUGAAACUGCAGCCAGAUGUUUCAUUGUUUGCACCCCCACGGCACUUCCAAGUGGCGUUUUGAAGGAUAUCUUUUGCCGUUUCGGCAAUUUGAUAGAUGUAUAUAUGCUGAAUAAUAGAAAUUGCGGUUAUGCAAAGUUUGCCUCAAAGGCUUCCGCUGAAGAUGCAAUUAAGACAUUGCACGGCGCUGAAAUUUGCGGCAACCGAAUCAAAGUUAUGGAAGCAGAGGAAAGGCCGGAUAGUAGCCGUAAAAGGCAGAGGGUCGAAUCGGAUAGUCCAUUUUAAUAAAUUAUACACUACAGACAUUAUAAUAAGGACUUAGACCAAGUAAAAUGUACCGUACGUUACGAUAAUUUGAACGUAUGACACAGAACCUGAACAUCUAACAGUACAAUACUCUGAACCUACAGUUACAUUUACGUACAUUCUGAAAUCAAGCUUUUUUAAUUGUUCUUAUGCUUUUUUAUGUUAAUUGACAUAAUUUUUAGUCGGUGAGUAUAGUAUACGAAUAAGUUUUUGUAAUAAAUGUUUCUAUGUGAUAAAUUGGUUUCAUUGCA